GCCAUCCCUAUGCCGUUUUAUUGUUAUCUUUUGUAUACUUGCUGCUAAAAGAUGCAUUUAAAUGUUGUCUACGUCACUGUUGGCACUACAAAAUUCGAUGCAUUAAUUGAUGCCAUGUCGUCCAACCAGGUGCUGUGCGCUUUGCAAGAUCUCAAAUGCCAAAAGCUUGUGCUGCAACAUGGGAACUCCACGCCGGUGGCCGAGUCAGAAAUCCGGCGUAUCAAUGAGAAAUAUGGCAUUCAAGUGGAGCAAUACAAAUUUCGCCCGAAUGUGGAGGAUAUUAGGGCUGCCGAUGUGAUCAUUGGACAUGCUGGCGCCGGUACAUGCAUGGAUAUAUUGAAUAAUGGCAAGGCAGGACUAAUCGUAGUGAAUGACGAACUGAUGGACAAUCAUCAGCUGGAAUUAGCGCGUCAAUUGGCAUCUGAGAACUACCUGUACUACUGCAGAGUGCAUGAGGUUGCCAGUAAACUAAGCACUUUGGACUUCGGAGCUCUAAGGCCCUACGAACCAGCCACAAAGAAUAUGCAAAUGUUUAUAGAGGCAUUAAAAGAACUGAUGAGUCAAUAGUAUUUAAACGGUUUUUGUUUUGGCGCUGACGCCUGAAGCGGGCGCUUUAGAUAUAUAUAUAUUUAUAUUAAUGAGUAAACACGAUAAACGACUAUGAAGAACGUUAGACAAUGUAAUAGGGCUAUACGUUGCAUAAAUUCACGAUUAUUAAUUAUAUAAAUAGAACGAUUAAUAAGCAGAUUUCUAUUAAAUUCCAUUAGAUUGGCAUAUUAUAUGUACUAAUUUAACUGCAUAAGCGAUGAGACUCUCUACAUGCUUUGGUUGUU